UCAAGACAAAACUCGACAAGAAACAACUUUUUGUAUCCGAAAAAUUGAGAAUGAAGGACUUUUCCUCUAUCGAUUUCAAAGACAAUGUUCGAUUUGUUGUGAGACGUUAUCUGAAGACUAUUGGAAUCAAAGUACCGAAGCUGAAAGGACAGAAAAUUCAAGUAAGCGACGCGGUUUUACUGAUUCGUUGUAAAGAUUAUAUGCUUUAUGAACAAACGUUGAUCUUAAAUUUUAUGAUCUAAUUUGAUAUAUUGCUAGUUUUUCUACUUUAUAUUUAACUGUUGUAGUGUAUAUUCGAUUGCAGUCUAAAAAUUACGGCCAGUUUGCUUUAAAGAGCAUGAGGUUACAUGCAUGCAUGAUGAAUAGCAAUGAACAGUGAAACUGACUUCAUCAUCCCACCUCAACCAACUGCUUUCCGAUGGCGUUAUUUCUGCCAUCAGCCAAAUUCAUUCCUGUUAUAAACACCAUUUUUUACAAAUGCUCCUUUCAAUAAAAACAGACUCACCGAUGGUUAGAGUGUAAUAUUGAAGAAAAAUAUGCCAUUCAUUAUGUCCAGACAUUCACAAGUCGGACGUUUGUUGAAAUCGACAGUAAUUAGCCUCCACUUGAGCUUGACUAACCACUUGCCCAUGUUGCUUCUUCAAUCGGAUGUGCAAAGCAUCUAUAAAACCACCAACCAAUGUACGCUGUAUGAUCAUGUCUUACACAAGGACGCAGAACAGUGUAAAAAGGUCAUCGCCAUCGUCAAUGAAAGUUUCAUUCCUUUAUCCGUUGUAGGUAACAGUUAUCUCUUCCAUGAUCAGGUUAAAUCAGGAGUAAAACUAUGUAGGUUAGCUUUCUGCUACGCCUAGGGUUUUACCCUGGUAAACAAGGUUGGAUAAUGAUUUAAUGAUAAAAUUGAUUUUACCUACCACAAGAACAAUCAAUACAUAAAUGUUACAAGUCAAAAUUAUAUUCAGGUUAAAAUUUUUUAAAUAAGGUUAACUCUCAAUUUCCUUUGUCUCCUAUACCUGACUAUUCUUGAAUGAGGGAUAAGAGAAAAAGGAAAUUCAGAAUCAACUAACCAAGUAGCCUGGGUUAAAAACUUUUAACCUGAAUUUAACUUUGACCUGUGACAUAAAUGCUAAUAACCACUGAACAUCAGAUCAAGAUCUAAUCCUGAAGCACUUACAAAUUUUAGCCACUUUCCAUUACCUUCAUUAGUGACCUUAUGCAACAGGAUGGGAGAGGAAAGAAGACGGCAAACCUUGUGUGACAAUCAGGACAAUAAUUUUGUUUGAUAAACUUUUUCGCCAAACUUCACCCUUCUUUAAACAGGUCUGGUAAAAAAAACAGAAAACACUAACUUAAGUGAAGAUUACUACAAAACACCUCAGUAACGUGUUUGUCACACUUGCAUUUUGCUGUCCUCUUCUUUCUGCUAUCCUGUUGUUAUAAAUUGUUGGAAGAGAGAAGAGGAAGGUGUAUACACUGGCUUCAAAUGUGUAACUUACAGUUGAUUACGGUUAAGUUUACACACUGUAACUGUUCCUUUCAGCACUCUGUGGACAAUAAUAAAACUGGAGUAUUUGGCAUUUGCCUUGAAAAAGUGGAAUCAGUCAAUGUGGGAGAGGAUUUCUAUUGUAGUGUUCCCAAGUAAGUGUGCAACAUUAACAUUUUAAUAAUAGAAAAUAGACUUUUUAAACAAUGGGGUUCAUAGAAUAUUUUUCCGAAAUUUGUCUUAGAUUCUUGGUAGAUUCUGCAAGCUCUCUGCAACAACAUUUGGCAACAGAGGGCCUAUUUAGAAAAUCUGGAUCUAUUCAACGCCAAAAAACGCUUAAGGUAAGAAUCUCAAAAUAAACAUCUUUUUUUCCCCAACCAGAUUUGUAUUAUUUUUAUUUUGUUGGAUUUGACAAUAAAUUUGAUCACUUAGCAUUUAACACUCACCUGACAAUCUGUUUGUAACAGCAAAAAGUAGAAGAUGGUGAGACACUCCAAAAUGCUCAGCCUCAUGAUGUCGCAAGCUUGAUAAAGCAGUUUUUCAGACAAUUACCAGAGCCACUCCUUACCAACCUGCUCCAUAACUGCUUCAUUAAAAGCCAACAUUUAGAAGAUGAAGGCGAUCGGAUUGAGGCUGUUUUACAUCUUUGUCUACUCCUUCCUGUACAUCAUCUCACCACUCUACAGUUUACAAUGAAAUUUCUAGCAAAAGUAGCAUCCUGUUCGCAGCAGAGUAAAAUGGGAACAACAAACCUCGCGAUUGUUCUCACUCCCAACCUGAUACACAACACUAAGAAAGAAGGAAACAACGCUUCCGAAAAACAGCUCAAAGAGCAGACGUCAGUCAUUGACAUUCUCUUGAAGAAUGCCGAUAAAAUUGGUUUAGUGAGUGAGGAUAUCUAUGAACGUGCUAAAACAAUUGGAGAUGAUUUAGUGGAUGGCUUGACAUCAUCCAGUGAUGAACUUGACAGUGAUAAUAAUUUAAGAAGAGGAGGUAGAAGACAGUCAAGGCCUAGGACAAGGACUGGCUCACUUUCUGGUAUGCUUUUCGUUUAUAAAAAAAUUAAUAAUUAAAUCAGGCAGAAUAUAGUUUUUUUUCUUUAAAUUUGCAAGCUGAGAGGUAAGUCAAAUUGUUGGCCAGAAUCAUCAAAUAAAUAAAUAAAAUAAAUAAAUAAUGAUUUGGCGGUAGCACAUCCACAAAGUGCUUCUUCGUCUACCUGAUUCCUGAUCGAAUUGUAAUUUGGAAAUGUUGGUUUUUGAGGAGAGGGCAAAACCGGAGUACCCGGAGAAAAACCUCUCGGAGCAAAGGAGAGAACCAACAACAAACUCAAUCCACAUAUGGCGUUGAUGCCAGGAUUUGAACCCAGGCCACAUUGGUGGGAGGCGAGCGCUCUCACCACUGCGCCAUCCCUUGCUCCCCAAAUCAUCUAGGGUCCUGGGCCCUUGACGUAAACUGUAAUGAUGUAAUGUUAAGACCUUGGCCUUGUCUUAUUCGUUCUUCCUGAACAAUUCAAAGGGGAUCAAAAUGAAUGAACAUUCCUUUUUAAAAAGAGUAGGAUGUAGGAGGUGGACCGGGGGGUGGGGGGGUGGGGUAGAUCAGACUUCCAUGGUGUGAUCUAUCUCUCAUGGAGGGAGGGCACCAGUAACAGGCCUGGGCCCAGUUGUUCAAAGGCCAAUAUUAGCACUAACCCAGGGUUAAACUUUAAUCCAGGUUUCUUUUGUACUUUGUUUGAAAGCAUUUUUCCAGGUGAUAUUCUCUAUUCUUUUUAGAGAAUCCAAUCCUCAAAUUGUUGGCAAAAUGAAUAAAACCGAAUUUUCUUUUAAAGCCUUGAAAUCUGAAUCGAAAGUUCACACUAACCCCACGUUACCUUAACCCAUCUUUUAACAACCCAGACCUGUGUAGUAUUACAGUGGAACCUUGAUAUUAUGAAGUCCUCGGUGUAACGAAUGAUUCUCUUCACCCAGUAAUAGUAAAAUAUAUGGAAAAGCACCUUGAUUUAACGCAACCUCAUUACAGUGAACAAAUUUUGCCAGUCCAUUAGUUCCACUGUACUGACAUCAUGCUGUUGUGGUUGCCCUAACCAACAGUUGGUAAAGUUAAUUUUACAUAAUCAUACAGCAAGCCUGCAAAUAACUUUUGGCUGUAGGGUGGUCAUGUGACUGGACAAGGACCAGGUUUUGCGGGUCAAAACACCAGUCUGGUAGGUCAGAAAAGGAAAAAAGGAAGAGAGAGUGACAGACCAGGCCAAGCUUUAGCCCGUCAAAAUCCAAAAUUUGUCGGUCGUUUGACCGAUGACUGGCUGUUAUUUGCAGGCUUGUACAGUGCAGGUGUUUACUUUUGUUUGCCGCAGGGUUUGUAUCUGGUUUAGGCCAAAGUCUUAGCAAGUUCAAAACCUCAUCCACCAAGACCCCAGUUCAUCACAGACGUUCCAGGAGUGUGAAAGCAGAUCUCAUGCGAAAUAAAGAGAAAUACAUCCUUGAUGAUAACUGUGAAGUUAAAAAAGGUAAGCUGCAAUGAUCCGUCCUUUCGUGGAGAUGCUUAGAGAUAUGCUGGUCCAAUAAAGCAUACAGAUGGGCCACAUAAAGCACAUGAUCAACUUCAACAGUUGAGUUGGUCCUUUCAACACCAAAUGUCCUGCAGUUCAUUUAGAUAUCGCUGUCUGUAACAAGGACACAUGGGUCAAUGUAAUGCAUAGCAAACACUUGACACUGUUCAUUUGGUGUCCGUAUUAACCAAUCAAUAGUAGAACACCCCUGAAAUGCAGACAGUUGGAGCUGCCUCUUCGGUGACUAUAAUAAAAAUAUUAUUAUUAUUUAGAAUUGUUUUGACUGUUGAUUAAAUUGCUUUCAGGUAAUUAAUUUUGGAAGGCUAAGACAUGAAUGAAUUUCCCCUUGAAGUUUACAAUCAUGUAGUUUGUAUCUAUCAUUAACUCAUAAAUGUAUAUUAUUUUUUUGUUAUACAAUUCAGAUGACCUUGAGUUGGAGCAUUUUGUGGCUCGUAACAGUCAACGCAUGAGCCUGAGGUUGCAAAGCAAGCGCAGACCAGCGGAAAACAUGUUACCCCUUUCACCUGCUGUCAAAAGGUCACUACUUUUUGCAAGAUUAGUAUAGAUGGUUUUCACAGUGAUUUCAUCAAAUUGUUAAGUCAAAAUAGCGAGGUUUUAUGAAUUCUUAUUUACACUAGGUUGAAGAUAAACAAAAAGUAAAUUCCCAUAGCAUGAUUCAUUUAAAAAAUAUAGCAAUUUGAACUUCUGAGUUUUCACAGUGCGUGACACCAAAAUAGGGAUACUGUCUCGUCUCUCCUCUUGAUUUUCAGCAGUAUAACCAUUUCAAGUAUUAGAAGAUAUGUUUAUGCACACGUAUGCUAGUUCUUGAGUGAAAAGAAAGAGCUUUCUUAGAAAAAGUGAACUCCAGAUGUUUUUGUUUAUUUUUGGUGGCCAUAUUGGUACACUAAAACAGUACACCAAUAUGGCGUCUCCAUACAAUGCUCUACAAAGGUGCGUAAAACAUUUCAGCAAACAACUCAGAAACUGUGGGCCACAAAGACCUGAGACUUGGACAAAUUGUUUAUAUGUUAGUCUUUUAUAACAUUUCAUUUUCUUGGCUUCAUCCACUGGAUGGUUUCCAAUUUAUUUUUUUGGUGCGAGACAGUGAAAACAAUCCUUUAAAACUUUAGUAUUAAUAAGUUAUCUGUUAGAAAAAUUUGAGGUUUAACUGUAUCAAAUGCUAGUGUUGCAUUUUUAGAAUGAUUACCCUGUUCAUAGUAAUUUGUGUGGAUAGCCUUCUACACAGACGUUCUCAUGACUUCCUUGCCAUGGGGGGAGGAUGCAUGGCAAACUCAUACAAACGUUUAUGUGGGAGGCAGACUGACUUGGUACAUUAAACAUGUUUUCAGAGUUCAUGACAUGAAUAAAAAUUCCCUAUCAUAAACUUUUUCCAUGAUUAUACAAUAAUGUACUCCUCAAUAUUUUAUCUUUAGGAGAGCAAUGUUAAGUGAUAUGACCUACGCUCAAGGUAUCAGCCAUCCUCGUCUUGUGUCAGCAUCAACACAAAUGUUCACCACGCCCAUCAAACCUCUUAUGCCCUCAAAACCAUUGAAUCAAAUGGGUAAGAGUAAGAACAGGGUUCGCACAGUCUUGAAAAGUCCUUGAAUUUUAGGGGAAGUCCUUGAAAAGUCCUUGAAUUCCAUUUUUCCUUGAAAAGUCCUUAAAUUUCUGUGCAAGUCCUUGAAAAGAGCUUGAAUUUUCUUCAACUUUGAAUGUAGUAGCCUGGAAAGAAUUUUUUGAUGCUUUUUGGUUGUCCAAGACAGAAUAUAAAUCGUAGCUCAGUGAAUGUAAAGGUCAUUUACAUAAAGUGCCUCAUGUUUUAUGCAAUAAUUAACUAUCAGUUUAACACCAGUGAACUGAAAAAUGUCGAGAAUUUGGUGAAGCAAACAGUUAAAGCCUUAAAGUCUUAUUAGAAUAUACUGGGAAUAUGCAUUUUUGUACAAUCUGUGAAAUUAUAUUCCUAGUAGGUAGUCCUUGAAAAUCUAAUGUGGUCCUUGAAAAGUCCUUGAAAAAUGGUUGGAUUUUUUUGUAUGAACCCUGAAGAAGUUUAGUGAGCCUGCUUUGGGUGUAAUGUUUGAUCACUUAACCCUUUAAGCCCCAAUAUCCACAUACAAAUUCUCCAAACUGAUCUCCAUAUAUUUUCUUAAAGAAUGAGUUGAGAGAAUUUAAUAAAAGAUCAAAGCAUUUUUACGUGGGUGAUCAUUUUACUAAUUCUCAUAACUUAUCUUUUGACAAUGUAUGGAUAUUGUUAGGAGAAAAUUGACCUUGGUCACUAUUGGAACUUGAAGGGUUAAUUCCUUAAUCUCUCUGCAAUGAAAGUGCUAGAGCAAUAUUUUACAGGUGCAUCAGACAGACACAAAGUUUGCAGCUAGUUAAAAUCAGUGCUAAGAGGAGAAGUCAUAAUUAAGGUGGUGCAAACCUAUUUAUAGGCGUGUUGGCUAAUUUUUUUAAUCACGUUUUUCGGCAGAACAAUUUCCCCGAUUUCUAUGAUUUUUGGCGUCCUAAGUAAAGAAUGGUCAUUGGUGGAACUUUAAGAAAAUGUUACUUAUUUUCUUGUAGUUAUAAAAACUGUUAAGAUAUUGGCAUACAUUAAUAACCGCAUUGUUACAAAAAACGUAAAUAACUUUGAAACCCUACGGCAGAUUUUUCUCCAAUUUCAGAAAAUAAGCCUCAAAUCCCUCUAGUUUUAUAUCUGUAAGUUUGAAGUAGUCAUUUGAGACCAUACAACUUGUUGCACAAAAUCCUGGUCAAAUUUAACCUUAAAUUGCUACGCUAACAUAUUUGUGAAAGUUGACAUACAAGUAGAGGAAGAGUGUCGACUGAUUAUCUCCUGUCUGCAGGGGUAUUCUUGCCCAUUGCUUCAUUUAAAGUUUCUGCAAACUACAAGUAUAUGAAGAUAUUACUGUGGGAGUCAAAUGUCCAUUAAAAGACCACUAUGAAGUAUACACAUGCCUUUUAGAGUAAAUAUAAUUAUACCACUCAUGUAUUGUCAUUGUCUAACACUAAAGUUGCCUGACUUCCUUGCUUUUUCAGUUAAACCGGGUCAUAGCAGGAUUCUUCUGUCCAAUGAGACAGAGCUCGUCAAGGUAGUGGAUACUAGGUCCUAUGUGCCGUCUCCAGGCAACGAGAAUGUUUCACCCGGUGUAAUGUUGCCAGGGGACAGUGAAGUGUUUGGUUCACCUUCUGCCGUCAACGUUGACAAGCAUAGAGAUACUCACACACUGCGUAGACGGGUCAGAAGAAGGUAUCUACAGCAUGUAGUUGUUAAUUAAAGAACAAAAUGAAAAAUGCCUGCCUGUGGAAACUCAGUUUGGUAGAGCAAAUUUACUGGUAAGACUGGCUUGGAUGAUAACCUUGAGCCGAUGCACCAUUCACACCAAAGCUGUUUAGCUAAAUACAGUUGGGAUUUGACUUCUUCAUAAAACCUGUCUACUGUAAAAGCCUGUGCUUAUAUCUUCUGUUAAUGUUUUUCAUCAUAGUUUAGUCAAACAUGUUAAGUUGGUGUGAAUGGGGCACAAGUCAAACUUACAACUUGGUAAGGAGGUAUUUUUAGUCAUGCUCUCUCUAACAAGCUCAACAAAUCCCAUAAUUUCAAAAUUAUAAUACUAGCUUGUGACAUCACACCUUUGUAUUUUGAAACUACAACCUCUGUUACAUUAAUAUAACACUAUUGUUUAAGCAUUCUGAAAAAUGCUUAUACUAAGAAAGGUUGCUUAUAAAUUGUCCUUCCAUAUUCAUUUUUCAGACACUCAUCUGGGGCGACCACUUGCUUCUCCUCAUCUCCAAGGACCAGAUACCAAGGCAGCUCUAAGACCACUGUAAGUUUCAGGGUGCAGUUGGCACCGUUUCUGGGGUAAUUUGAUACAAAGCAAUAUAAGUAUGGUACAUGUAGCUCUUAUUUUAAAGUUUGGAGGCGAUAAAGUGAGACAUUUUAUAAGUUUUUUCUCUGUUGACCUUCUAGAUAUCAAAGGAGUUGGAUCAAGGAAAACAGGACAACCAACAGUGCCACAGUCCAACCAUUGUGGCUUCCUCUGAUUCACUGGACAUAAGCCAUAUUUCAGUUGCUGCCCGCGCUUUGGAGCACACACCUCCAGCUCGUGUGAAAUAUUCUGGAACAGCGCUGUUAAAGCCAAGUAAUGAUCUAACACCAUGUAAAUUCCAUCGAGCUACUCCGCCAGCUACCCUAUAUAACACUGAGCUUAAAGAGGUCUUAUCUCAGAAAAUCUGAAUGUAAUCUUAAAAGGCCUAAACCCUUAGACAUCUUUGGCCAAGACUCAAACAAUGGAAUAGCACUUAUUUUAAAGAAUAGAGAGAACCAAAGGAAACUAAUAAUCAGUAGCCAAGCUUAUGUUUGAAUAAUCACGGCACAGUCACUUGUACAAUGAUGUAAAAGUUAAUGAACCAUACUACAGGAAAAAACUGCAUAGUAGCUUUCAUUUGAAUGGACACAUGUUUAAGGAUCUCAUCAACAGACCCAAAAGUUUGAACAUUAUCAUCAGCACAACAGGAAAAAUCUGCUCUGCAGCUUUCACUUGAAUGGUUACACUGCACCUGAUUUAUUUCCACACCUUGUAAGUACAGCAUAAUAACUACUACAACAGGAAAGAUCUGCUCUGCAGCUUUCAUUUGAAUGGCUACAAAAUGGAGGAUUUUUUUCAUGGAUUCAAACAUUUAAACACUGUAUAACCAACAUGAAAAGCAUCAUUGAUCAUUUAUGCAAUAUGUACCGCAUGAAUGUUUUGCUUAAUGACUUUCACUUGAACACCAGUAAUCACACCUUGUACGAAAUAAUAGACAGUGAUUAGCCGCAGGAAAGAACUGCACAAGUCCGUUUUCAUUAGAACAGCCCAAACUUUGCUUAAUCUGACCAUAGUUUAUGUAUCUUAGAUUAGGAAGAGGUGUUUUGGGUACCUACAAUUUGCUACAAAGUCAACACUUUUGAAAGUCCUAUUAAAACCUUGUAGACAUGAGGGCCUUGUUUUUAAGUCUGUUGUGUUUUAUGUUGAGCUCUAAAUAUAAUGAUUAAUGAUUAGACUUCACCUCAUCAAGUGCUGUAACAUCAUAAAUUUUAGGUGCUCAUGUCAGCGUUGAUUAGAGGAGUUUAUUUUCAAAACGGACACUUUUUUCAAGACAGUUUUAUUAAUUUUUUUUGAGAACCACAAUUCUAUUCUACGAUAACACAGUAAGCUAAGCAUUAUGAUAAUUUAUUGUCAUGAACAUAAGACGAUAUUAUUUGUUGUUAAAAUAGUAGAGAUCUGGCAGAUUUCAAAAGAUAUUGCUGUUCCAAUUUAGUUGCCCCUUGUAAUACAGUAAAUUUGAUGACAUAGUUAAAACGCUUAUGCAUUGGAGUGUCAAAAUUUAAUGUACUUAAAAAGAUCAAGUUUUCAAUGCCUUGUUUACUGGCAAGUACACUGUAGUUCAAUAAUGG